AUGCAGAUUGACCACAGAUUCUCGAUUGUUCAUAUCUAUCUAUCUAUCUAUCUAUCUAUCUAUCUAUCUAUCUCAUCUGUUCAUAUCUAUUUCAAUCUGUUAAUAUCUAUCUCAAUCUGUUCAUAUCUAUCUAUCUAUCUAUCUAUCUAUCUAUCUAUCUAUCUAUCACGGUCUGUUCAUAUCUAUCUAUCUAUCUAUCUAUCUAUCUAUCUAUCUAUCUAUCUAUCUCAGUCUGUUCAUAUCUAUCUCAAUCUGUUCAUUUCUAUCUAUCUAUCUAUCUAUCUAUCUAUCUCAGUCUGUUCAUAUCUAUCUAUCUAUCUAUCUAUCUAUCAAGAGACAGUGCAGUUGUGGCUGAAACUGUGCUGCAGUGACCCGUGCAGUCAUCUUUCAAAGCAAAUACGAAUGCACCAAAAGAUUAUCACGCAAUCAACUCAUAAGACACAAUAUCUCCGAACUGUUGAUGAUGGGGAAAACAAAAUUCAUUCUCUCUCCCCGCAACGCUCAAUUACACCUUCUGUCGUGGUUUUUCUCUCUUUUCCACGUUUUCCUUCUUUCCUUCAAUCAUUUCUCUUCUUUUUUUUUUCAUAUCAGUUCUUCAUUUUUACCACUGAAUAUCUUUUCUCACGUCGAUUUUCUCUAUUGCCCUCUUGUCUUUUGCAUUUCUUUUCUCUACAUUCCUUUUGGCGCAUAUUUUUUUAUGAUACUUAA